CACAAUUCUAAUUGCCGUCCAUCAAAUCGCAUUAUCAUCUUUCAUAUUAAUAAUAUUACUAGUUGGUAUAUCCCAUGUCGGGGAAAUGUUGUCGAUGUUGCACAACGACAUGGAAGAUGAUGCCGACAGGCGCGGAUUAUAUGAAAUGGCUUACGGCGAUCAUAUUAGUUACCACAACGGAGAAGUUAUAACUACAAAUAAUCAGCGUAGAUUUGCAAAAGCACGACAUCUGGCAUCAGUGACCGUGAUAUUCCUUUAUACAAGCACGAUGCUGACAUCGAUUUACCUGAUGUGUUGUAUCUCGUUGCUUCACGGCGCAGUCAAGUACAAACGCGAAUAUGUACUACCUUGGAUCAUGGCCGCAUGCAUCGGAGUAGUCCUGCUCAUUGUGGCCAUAAUCGUUGGGGAUGGUUACCCGUGUGUUGUUAAUCUAUUUGGAGGGCAUAAUCUCUAUCAUUUUGGCUGUGCACUAUUCGUGUUAACUUUUAUCUACGCUAUAUGUGCUGUGAGCAGUUUCGCCUUAGAGACCGGUAGUGGUCGAUGUGGUCGUAAUGUUCGAGCUGCCAGCGACGAGAGAGGCGAGCGCCUACUCCUUCUGGACCAUGCUGCACACUCCAGCUUGUUAUCCGCUGCACAACUCAACAAACUAAAUAGUGGAACUCGAACACAUUUCGUCUAGAAGUCUCCACUAUUUACCUUAUAAUCCAUAUGGCUGCUACAUACUUAAUACUUAGCUAAUAGUCACGCACUCUGCUAUUCGCAAAGUUAGAACGUAACGACACGUAAACUGUUAACUCGAUAAUAGGUGUUAAUUACUACAGUAGUUUGUAAAGCUUUUUAAGACUUCAGAAGGCAGAAAGUUAAUCAUUCAUCGUAUUAUAUACCCCACCCUACACAUAUGCACCAAAUUGUGCUGCGUGCUAGAACAUAGUUUCUAAACCUCCUUCAAAAUGUAUGCUACACCUUUACAAUCGAAUCCGCUAGGAAAUUAGUUAAUUAUUACUCAAAUGAAGUACCUAU